GAGCCGCCGAGCCAGCGAGCCGAGGAGCAGGUGCUCGGAGCCCUGCCGCGCCAGCUUCGCGCGGCCGCUGCCCAAGUUCGCCCGGGGCCCGAGGAGGGCCGGGCCACCGGGAGAGAAGCUCAGCCCGCGCCUCCGCCGACGCCUCGGCGGACUCUGAAGUCUCGAGAGAAGGACGCGCGAGCAGUGGGUCCUGGUCAUCCCCAGAAGGUGUUGCAGGGGCUCCGCAGUCCCUGGCUCUCGGAGCCGCCAGGGCAGAGAGCAGAGGACAGAGAAGCCAGUCUUUCCUGGAGCCGUGAAGCACCCAUCCUGGACAGCCGGGAGAGAAGCGAUAGUACCCUCCGACCAGCAGCUCUGAAGGAACCCGGAAGCCAGCAGCGGCCCACAGGACGCCAGAAGACCCCCGCCCCCGACGAGGGCCGGCGCACCACAGGGCUCCGGCGCGAGACUUGGGAAAGCCUUCGCGGUCUCGGCAGAGCGCAGCCCACGGAGCAGUGAGCAAGGAAGGGUCCUGGAGGGAAGGAGCAGAGCGCAGCGGCCGGCAGGGUGACCACUCACCCCAGUACACACCCACCGCACCCGCCAAGCCGGGAUCCGCGUCGCGCCUCUGGGGGCGCUCGUUCCUCGGCGCCUCCUCUCGCGCGUCCCAGCACCGCCGGCUACGGGCCAGGCUGGUGGGGUCUUUGAGGAUGUCCACAGAAGGCAUGGUGGCGGAGUGGCCCCUCUCCCAGGACCAGCGUAAAAGCUGGGGUUAGGCGGGGCUGGGGGGACUCAGCUCAGGGUCCCCCGAGGUCUAGGACGAGGAAGGCGGGCGCAUUGCCCAGGGACUGGGGAGGCGGCUCUCGGCGGGGCCCCUCCAGAGGUAGCGUCCGGCGUCGGGCAACCUCCAGGAAGACCAGGGGCCGUCAGAGCCCGAAAGGAGCUUGGGAGAGGCCAGGGCCGAGGCGGCGGCAGGCCGGGCGGCGCUCGGUCCCGGGCGGACGCCCGCGGAGGCGGCAGCGGCGGUGGCGGCGGGCGGGCAUGCCGCGCCACUGGAGCUCCUUUCGGGCGCACGCUUCCCUGGUGCGGGCUGCGCGCGGCGCCUGCUGCUGCUGCUUCCACUGCUGCUGCUGCUGCUGCUGCGGACUCCCAUGGCGGCUCCUCCCGGCCGGGGCCGCCGCUGCCGCCAGCCGCGGGCUGAAUGAAUGAGCCGGAGCGGCGGAGCCGGGCGGCCCGCGGCCGCGCUCACCGGCCCGGGACGCUUCCGCAUGGCGCGCGAGGAGCCGGCGCCGGGGGCGGUGGCGGCGGCGGGGCAGCCCGGAGGCGGCCGGGGCGCGGAGCGCGCGCUGCACGGGCCAGGGGUCGCCCGCAGGGGGCGGCCGUCCCUGAGCCGCGCUAAGCUGCACGGGCUGCGGCACAUGUGCGCCGGGCGCUCGGCGGCGGGAGGAUCGUUCCAGCGGCGGGCGCUGUGGGUGUUGGCCUUCUGCACGUCGCUCGGCUUGCUGCUCUCUUGGUCCUCGAACCGUCUGCUCUACUGGCUCAGCUUCCCGUCGCACACGCGGGUACACCGCGAAUGGAGCCGCCAGCUGCCCUUCCCCGCCGUCACGGUGUGUAACAACAACCCGCUGCGCUUCCCGCGCCUCUCCAAGGGGGACCUGUACUACGCCGGCCACUGGCUCGGGCUGCUGCUGCCCAACCGCACGGCGCGCCCGCUGGUCAGCGAGCUGCUGCGGGGCGACGAGCCGCGCCGCCAGUGGUUCCGCAAGCUGGCCGACUUUCGUCUCUUCCUGCCGCCGCGCCACUUCGAGGGCAUCAGCGCUGCCUUCAUGGACCGCCUGGGCCACCAGCUCGAGGACAUGCUGCUCUCCUGCAAGUACCGAGGCGAGCUCUGCGGCCCACACAACUUCUCCUCCGUGUUUACAAAAUAUGGGAAGUGUUACAUGUUUAACUCAGGCGAGGAUGGCAAGCCUUUGCUCACCACGGUCAAGGGAGGGACAGGCAACGGGUUGGAGAUCAUGCUGGACAUUCAGCAAGACGAAUACCUGCCCAUCUGGGGAGAGACAGAGGAGACAACGUUUGAAGCAGGAGUGAAAGUUCAGAUCCACAGUCAGUCUGAGCCGCCUUUCAUCCAAGAGCUGGGCUUUGGGGUGGCUCCAGGCUUCCAGACCUUCGUGGCCACACAGGAGCAGAGGCUCACAUACCUGCCCCCACCGUGGGGCGAGUGCCGAUCGUCAGAGAUGGGGCUCGACUUCUUUCCUGUUUACAGCAUCACCGCCUGUAGGAUUGACUGUGAAACUCGCUACAUCGUGGAGAACUGCAACUGCCGCAUGGUCCACAUGCCAGGGGAUGCCCCUUUCUGUACCCCUGAGCAGCACAAGGAGUGUGCGGAACCUGCCCUAGGUCUGCUGGCGGAAAAGGACAGCAAUUACUGUCUCUGCAGGACCCCCUGCAACCUGACCCGCUACAACAAGGAGCUCUCCAUGGUCAAGAUCCCCAGCAAAACGUCAGCCAAGUACCUUGAGAAGAAAUUUAACAAAUCUGAAAAAUACAUCUCAGAGAACAUCCUUGUGCUGGAUAUAUUUUUUGAAGCUCUCAAUUAUGAGACAAUUGAACAGAAGAAAGCGUAUGAAGUCGCUGCCUUACUCGGUGACAUUGGUGGCCAGAUGGGGUUGUUUAUUGGUGCUAGUAUCCUCACCAUACUAGAGCUCUUUGAUUAUAUUUACGAGCUGAUCAAAGAGAAGCUAUUAGACCUGCUCGGCAAAGAGGAGGAUGAAGGGAGCCACGAUGAGAACGUGAGCACUUGUGACACGAUGCCAAACCACUCCGAAACCAUCAGCCACACUGUGAACGUGCCCCUGCAGACGGCCCUGGGCACCCUGGAGGAGAUCGCCUGCUGA